GGGCGCCUUCCCUCCUUAGCAACCAUGAGCGACAGGAGGGAGCAGCAGGCGGAAAAGAGAGAGGAGGAACUGCCUGCUUACUUUGCUGCCCUGGGCACCGGCAGCCCCAAGCCCCGGCAGAAAUAUGGAGGCAUGUUUUGCAACGUGGAGGGCGCCUUUGAAAACAAAACGCUGGACUUCGAAUCUCUCCGCGGAGGAAGGCGAGAAAGCCAGCAGUCCAGCCGCUCGGACCUGAGCCAGCGCUCCAGCGAUUCGGAAGGGCAGAGCGAAGCCAGCAGCGGGAGCCGCAGCGCUCCUCUCCUCACGCCCGCGGGUUCCCUGGCUUGCCCCUCUUCAGAUGGAGCAUCAGAGGAAUUGCCCAAUGGCUGCCAUCAGAGUGACCGGCUGCUCAUCAAAGGAGGGAAGAUUGUGAAUGAUGACCAGUCAUUUUAUGCAGAUAUCUACGUGGAAGAUGGCUUGAUUAAACAAAUUGGGGAAAAUCUGAUUGUUCCUGGAGGCAUAAAAACAGUGGAUGCCUAUGGCCAGCUAGUUAUGCCAGGUGGAAUAGAUGUGCACACUAGAUUACAGAUGCCUGUGAUGGGAAUGACCUCUACUGAUGACUUCUAUCAAGGGACAAAAGCAGCUCUGGCAGGAGGAACCACCAUGAUACUUGACCAUGUGUUUCCUGAGUCUGGAGCAAACCUUCUAACGACCUAUGAGCAAUGGAGGGAGUGUGCUGACAGCAAGGCUUGCUGUGAUUAUUCUCUGCACAUUGAUAUCACUCGCUGGCAUGAGAGCAUAAAAGAAGAGCUGGAGGCUCUCGUUAAAGACAAAGGUGUGAACUCUUUUCUUGUUUUCAUGGCGUAUAAAGACAAGCUGCAGUGCACUGAUGCUCAGAUGUAUGAGAUAUUCAGCAUAAUUCGAGAUCUGGGUGCCAUUGCGCAAGUACAUGCUGAAAAUGGAGACAUUGUUUAUGAGGAGCAAAAAAGACUGUUGGAUCUUGGGAUUACUGGUCCAGAGGGUCAUGUGCUGAGUCAUCCAGAAGAGGUUGAAACAGAGGCAGUGUACCGUGCUAUUACAAUAGCAAAACAAGCCAAUUGCCCUUUAUAUGUCACAAAAGUAAUGAGCAAAGGGGCUGCUGAUGUCAUAGCUCAAGCCAAGCGAAAAGGAACAGUGGUAUAUGGGGAGCCAAUCACAGCCAGCCUGGGUACUGAUGGCUCACAUUACUGGAGUAAGAACUGGGCAAAGGCUGCAGCUUUUGUUACAUCUCCUCCCAUUAGUCCAGACCCUACAACCCCUGAUUAUCUGACUUCACUGCUGUCAUGUGGGGAUCUUCAAGUAGUAGGGAGUGCUCACUGCACCUUCACCACGGCACAAAAGGCGGUUGGAAAGGAUAACUUCACCCUCAUUCCAGAAGGAACAAAUGGCAUUGAGGAGAGAAUGUCCAUCAUCUGGGAAAAAUGUGUGGCAACAGGAAAGAUGGAUGAAAAUGAAUUUGUAGCAGUGACUAGUACAAAUGCAGCAAAGAUUUUCAACUUUUAUCCUAGGAAAGGACGAAUUGCAGUUGGGUCUGAUGCUGAUUUGAUUAUUUGGAAUCCGAAAGCUACAAAGAUCAUUUCUGCAAAAACUCACAACUUGAAUGUGGAAUACAAUAUAUUUGAAGGAGCAGAAUGCCAUGGUGUCCCUACUGUGGUUAUAAGCCAAGGAAAAGUGGUGUUGGAAGAUGGAAAUUUGUUUGUCAGCCAGGGCACUGGCCGUUUCAUUCCUCGAAAGACGUUCCCUGAUUUUGUUUACAAAAGGAUAAAAGCAAGAAACAGGCUUGCAGAAAUUCAUGGCGUUCCUCGUGGGCUUUACGACGGACCGGUUCACGAUGUCAUUGUAAGCGCUAAAGGUGUGGCCCCAACUCCUGCUUCAAGAAUAGCUCCCUGUUCAGGCAAGAUAACAGUUCCUCCAAUCCGUAACCUACAUCAGUCAGGCUUCAGCUUGUCUGGAUCUCAAGCAGAUGACCACAUUGCUAGGCGCACUGCGCAGAAAAUCAUCGCACCCCCAGGUGGACGUUCCAAUAUUACAUCUCUGUCCUGAUAUUUCAAACCGAGUAGUGCUCCUGCAUAACACUGAAGAUAACUAUUUGGGUGCGGUUCAGCCAUGCUUCUACAUUUAAGUCACAUUGGUCUCUGUGGGAGAGUUCAGUGUAUGCUUAAAUCUUCUCCCAUAUCUACCAGUGGGGCUUAAAAGUGCUGAACUAUGGCUGUUUUGCCUCUCUGGUUUCUACUGGGAAGCUGCAGUUAACAUUAUUUUAAAAUUACAGAUGUUGUAUCAUUAAAUACUCUGCCUCGUUACACUCCCCAAGAUCCUCUUGCUUUAUAAACUACAAAUACCAAAUGUGUGGUUUUAAAGGAGAAAUAAAAAUAAUAUCAUGGAUAUUUUACACUGCCAGAUUAAAGGGCUUGGAUGGAAGUGUACACCACCAGAAUAAGAAAAUAAUUUGCCUUUUUACUCAGGAUAAAAUUUCCCACACCUUCUCUUCUGUAGAAAAGAAAUACAUCCUUCCCCAGUGUAUAGAUAUCAUCAAGUAUUAUAGGUAUAUCCUUCAGUUUUCAGCAUAUUUUCAUACAUGCAUGCUAAGGUGUAAACUUCUAGUAAAGUACUUUUAAAUUGUGUUCAGAAGAACUGUUAGCUGUGUAUUACAACCAAAACAUACCUGAAUACAGAUUUUGGACUUGCAUCCAUCAAUAAUCUUUCUAUGAUAAUGUGGACUUUUAUCGGCGAAUAAACCUUUGUCUGUUUUAAUAUAUAUUCUUAGCUUUUUUUACUGAGAGAUCCAACCAAGAGAAAACACGGAACACCAUUGUCCUAUCUUCUGGCAUAAUGCUUAACCUUUAUUUGGUUUCCUUCACCAUGGUUAACUGACAUCUGAACAAACCAUGGCUGGGGAUUGAUCACAUACUGGGAUGUGAAAGCAGCAUCUGGAAUGAGUUUUGCAAAUGAUGGGAUUAGUUAAUCAUGGUUUAAGUGAUACAUGUGCACUAGACAGCCCUUGAUUCAGGGAACCAUCUCUCCAGCCUCUGCUUACAAGAUGACAAGUGGUCUUACUAGUAUGUUCCUACCCAUGCCCUUUAGGGGCAGGAUUUUAACUCAGUAAGCUAAGCUACUUUUUUCAUUGUACAUUUGACAUCUUAACCAGGUUUAAGGCAGCAGAUCAUGGUUUGCGAUAAUCAUGUUCAGUCUGCCCCAGGCCCUUGUAGGCCUGAAAACCACUGCCAAUGUCUUCUUUGACUUAUAGUGCUCCUACAUUUAGUAGAUCCCCUUUGUGGGUAUUGUGCACUAAAUCUGAUGGUUGCAAUUUAGCAGUAACCAUGCCCUAAACCACCAGUGGCUUAGGCCAGACUUUGACUGGUUAUGUCUAGAAGAUCUCAUUGUGAGCUCCUUGAACAUAUUUUAGGAACCAUCGUCACUCAAUAUCAUUGUGGCAGCAUGGGUAUAAGAAAUACAAAUGUGGUCUGAAUGUUCAUGGAAUUAGAUGUCAGAUAGUAUCCCUUUAGAGCAGAUAUAAAAACACAUCUAGACUUCGAGGGGGGGAUAGUUGAAUUUCUGGAACCUGACACAACUGUGGAAGUGCCAGUGUGCUUUUAGUCUUUUGGUUUGUCGUAGAUUUUUUUAAAAAACAGAUUAUUUAUUCAGGUAUUUUUCCCACUUACCAAAUGUAGGCCUUCUUAUAAACCAGACAGUAGGUGCAUUUGGAGGCUGUUUCCAUACAGUGAACUUUUUAUAAAGUGUAUAACAAGUUUAUUAUAUUUAAAGCUAUGUACAGCAAAAGUGAUCUUAUAUAUUCCAUAUCAUUUCCAUAAAACUAUCCAUGUGACAGACUGUACAAAAUGGCUCAUUUUUUGUUCUUGUUGCUUUGAAUUUUUUUCUUCUUUUAAUUACAUUCAAUAAAGUUUCUUGGAAAUCGGUAAAUGAUAAAGCCAGAUG